AUGUCUGGGCUAAUGGAGCCUCCUCCACUAAAAAUUCAUCAAAAACCGCCUCUCGUCACUCCUUCUGCAUCCCCACCGCCAUCCCGUCCAUAUCUGCCCAAACAACCAUCGUCGGCGCCGUCCGCAACGAGUAGUUCACACCGUUCUGCCUCAGUCUCGUCCGCCCAGCAGCGAUCUCGCGUUUCUGCGACACCGAAACCUCACCAGACGCCGGCACCUUCAACUGGUCAAACCCCGUCACCAGAGGAUAUUGAUUUUCAACAGAAACGGCAAGCAUCGGCCCUGCGUUUACUUGAUGUAUGGUCUAAAUUGGCGGAACGGUAUACCCGCCGCCUGGACGAGGAUGAUAUAGUCGACAUUGUCUCUGGGAGGAUUGUCAAAGACAACGGGGUGCUGCGGAAGUCGAAGACAGUGUGGUUUGGAAAUGGGGAGAAGACACAUGGGGAGGAGUCUGGUGAGGACGAGGAUGAAGAGGAGGAGGAGGACGGCGAAGAGCGGGCAGGGGAUGAUGGGCACCAAGAUGAUGAUGAUGAGCUGGAUGCUUUUGCGGACGUUGACGACGGUGGAGACGAGGAAGAAGACAGAGAAGGAGAUCAAGAGGAGGAAGAGGAAGAGGUGCUGGAGAUUAAAGGUAAGGUGGACCCUGUGCCACCGGUCACGCCUCAAAAUCCCCUGGAUGCUGCAGACUUGAAGGAGUUCCUUGAGACGGAAAGGCUGCGGCGCGACGUCCUAGGGAGCGAACCCGAGGACGACCCUGUGGACCCCAAUGCUUUGGAUAACGACGGUACGGAUGCCUACGGGACCGGAGGCUCAGACAUUUACGACGUGGAUUAUGCCGACGUUGAAGUGGAUGUCGAAACGCCAAAACAAAAAACCGAAAAGUCGACUGUGCGGAGGAGCAGGGGUGUCCCGCCUGUGGGCGAAUCUGAUUCCGAGGACGAACUCAAUUUCAAUCUUGCCGAAGAAGCAAUUCCCGAAGACAUCCAAGAGCCUGAAUACCUUGCAUCUUCAACGGACAGCGACGAUGAAAUUGAAAUUGUGAAAAUCGUUCAACGACCUCCGCCUAAACCCAAGGCUUCCCCGGCUUUCAAGGCGCCUAUUGUGAAAGCUGACCAUCAAACGCAGCUUCAGACACCACCAUUAUCCAGGACUUCCAUGCAACCCACUUUCUCCUCCCUUGCUGAUGAACUUUUCUCGACUCCGCCCCCUCAGGAAGAGCCUUCCAUUGACGCCCCUCCGGAAACACCGGAAAUUCCAAUCGCCUCCACGUCCUUCAAACCUGCGAAAUCCACGCCUCGUACUCCCAAGGCCCAAAAGUCACAGCCCAAAGACAUUCCUUCAACCUCGAAGGCUCAGAAGCCGAUUUGUGCGACUUCCUCACCUUUCCCCAAACCCAAGGUACCUGGCAAACUGGUCCCAGAAGUUGUUAUCGAAAGGCAGACCCCAUUCGAAGGCGCCUCACAUCACUCGAUGAACAGCGUUGAGCGAAGACCUGGCACAUCCCCGACGAAGGGUGAAUUGCGACGAGAGCGGCUGCGCGAGGAAAAACGGGAAGGGGCCCCGGAAGACUCCACACCGACGACGUCUGCGUCAACUCCGAAGGCCUCUCGAGGCCCGACCGCGUCUUCAGUGAAUACAAAGUUCCCAACUGUCGAUAUUCCCUCCAUAGAUAAAAGACCAGAUUCUAUGAACGAGGACCACCCAGUAGCGGAACCUUCUAGCCGUCGAAAGCGGAAGAGGAGCAUUCCACCCUCAGCUUCUCCGGGAGAAACACUCGCGGGUCCCUCGCGCUUUCCCCAGCACAGUGUCGCUUCUUCGUCCAAGGUGCAGCUCACAAGUUACCGAGACCCCGAUCCCAAUGUGUCUGAAGGGGGGUCUCCAACUCGAGCCAAAGAUGCCAGGAAAAGCAUUCAGCAGCGAUCGCCGCGCAAGCGUCGGUCUAAAUCUCGACCUCGGCCAUCCCCGUCUGAAGAUGCGGACGACUCUGGAUCUGAAAGCGAAACGCUCCAACAUCCCAACCAUUUUUAUCCUUAUUACAGUCAACAUCCGCCCAACCCGACAUACCCCUAUGCGCAACCCUUAUACCCACCUCCCCCACCUCCUGGUCCAUCUCAAUACACCAGGGGAUUCACGCCUAUGCCACCUCCGAAUGUACCACAGCACGGUCGAGGUUAUACGCCGAUGCCGGAUCCUCACUCGGACUACUUCGUGUCGCAGGUCGCUUCGCGAGUAGUAGCGGCACUGUGGAAUCCGGGUGCAAUGCCUCCACAUUUUGGCCCUCCCCCUGGGCAACCACCUUUUACGCCUUCUUCGUCUCAUCAUAGGAUGAGCCACCAUUAUAACUACGCGACACCCCCACACCAACAUUAUCCAUAUCCACCAUAUCACCAUCCUGAUUUCUCACGUGCAACAGCACCUCCUGACACACCGUCUGAACGAGAGUCUUCCUCUUGUCGGUCAGAAGGCGGGAGAAAGAAGAGUAUCGUGCACAGAAGUCGUUCGAAGGGAAGGGCAGUCUCGUUCAAACCCUCGACGGAUAGGAAGAGGAGAGAUGCCUCUCCAACGGACGACGACGACGACGACGACGACAGCGUACUCGCACAUUCCAGUCCCUUGAAGGGAAAGGAUGCCGCGUCGACGUCAGCUUCUGGGAUGAGGCGAAGCAACUCGACUUCGGCUAUUCCUUUCCAUGCAUCGACUUCCAAAGGCAAAGGAAAGGCUCGCCAAGAGGACUGGGAAGAUGAGGACGUUGCGGAUCGUGCGCGCUCGAGAUCUGACCCCUCUAGCGAAGAGGAGUCUGUGGAGGAAGGCCCGCUCUCAUCUGGUCUGAGAGGCCGAUCUCGAGCGAGAGAACGGACUCCUCAACCACCUAGUUCUUCCAGAUCCAAAACCGCUUCGAAUUCGAAAGGAGUUUCAGUUGCGAAGGAAAGGAAAGGCAAUGUCAGUGGCGGUAAUAAAAAAUCGACAAAAAACAAGUCGGCCGCCAUGUCGAUCUCAUGA